AUGCCUUCCGUAACGGAAGACCCUCCGAAAGCCGAGUCGCGGUUACUCCUCGUCUCAAAUCGUCUUCCCAUAACUAUCAAACGCUCCGCUGAUGGAAAAUAUGAUUACUCCAUGUCAUCAGGCGGUCUUGUCACUGGCCUCAGUGGAUUGGCAAAGAGCACCACGUUUCAAUGGUACGGCUGGCCAGGUCUAGAAAUUCCACAAGAUGAGAUUCGGGAGGUUACCACCAAGCUCAAAGAGGAAUUCAAUGCCAUUCCUGUCUUCAUGGCCGAUGAAUUGGCUGACAGGCAUUACAAUGGCUUUUCAAACUCCAUCAUGUGGCCUCUAUUUCACUACCACCCCGGCGAGAUCACGUUCGAUGAAUCGGCUUGGAAUGCUUACCAGGAAGCCAAUCGUCUCUUCGCCCGCACAAUCGCCGCCGAAGUCGAGGAUGGGGACCUCGUCUGGGUUCACGACUAUCAUCUCAUGCUGUUGCCCCAAAUGCUUCGCGAGGAGAUCGGUACAAGCAAAUCCAAUGUCAAGAUUGGUUUCUUUUUGCACACCCCCUUUCCCUCCAGCGAGAUCUAUAGAAUUCUUCCCGUUCGAAACGAAGUCCUUCUCGGUGUCCUGCACUGUGACCUCAUUGGCUUUCAUACCUACGACUAUGCACGACACUUCCUCAGCAGUUGUUCCCGGAUCUUAAACCUCACCACAACACCAAAUGGAGUCGAAUUCGAAGGUAAAGUCGUCACUGUGGGGGCUUUCCCCAUUGGCAUCGAUCCGGAGAAGUUCACAGAAGGACUCAAGAAAGAAAAGGUCCAGAAAAGAAUAGCUGUAUUGGAAGAAAAGUUCAAGGGUAUGAAAUUGAUGGUCGGGGUCGACCGUCUUGACUAUAUCAAAGGUGUCCCGCAGAAGCUUCACGCCCUUGAAGUGUUCCUCACGGAUCAUCCUGAAUGGAUAGGGAAAGUCGUCCUGGUGCAGGUUGCUGUGCCAAGUAGACAAGACGUGGAGGAGUACCAAAAUCUCCGAGCAGUUGUGAAUGAGUUGGUUGGACGCAUCAACGGCAAAUUCGGGACUGUGGAAUAUAUGCCCAUCCAUUUCAUGCACAAGUCCGUCAAUUUCGACGAACUCAUUGCCCUCUACGCCGUGUCCGAUGUCUGCCUAGUGUCCUCCACACGUGAUGGUAUGAACUUGGUGUCAUUCGAAUACAUUGCGACGCAAGAGAAACGCAAUGGGGUUCUUGUCUUGUCCGAGUUUACGGGAGCUGCACAGAGCUUGAAUGGCAGCAUCUUGGUCAACCCCUGGAACACGGAGGAACUGGCCGGUGCCAUUCAGGAAGCCGUCACGAUGAGUCCAGAACAACGUGCCCUCAACUACGCCAAACUGCACAAGUAUGUUUUCAAGUAUACUAGUUCUUUCUGGGGACAAUCUUUCGUCGCUGAGUUGACCAGAAUAUCGGCGCAAGGCGAGAAGAAACUGAAGCUGCGUCGAGCCUCGUUGGUGAAAGACCCUUCACAAAUCUCAUUACCAAAAGAUACGCCAGCCGAACAGAAGACAGCUUCACCCACCUCUGCCGCGGGUGUGGAUGGCGGCCAGAAGUCCAACACCGUCUAG